AAUCGAGAUCAUAAUAAAAGUGCUGAACGGACAAAGAGAAAAUAAAGAAAGAGUCCUUCUAUAUUCUCGCUCGCCUAUAUUGACGCCUUCCCUCUUUUUUUCGAAAAAAAAUCUAAUUCGCCGGAGAUGAGAAAUAACGAACGUCGUUCUCUGGUGGUCGUUGAUGAUGGCGGCGGAGGAGGAAAUUGGCUGAAUAGAGGCGACGGUGUCGGAAGCGGCGGCUGUUAUAGUCAUGAGAGCGAACCUGACUUGGCUGCUAUGGUGAGUGACUUUCUGGAAAGUAGUAGCGCCGGUGCGGAGUCUAGGUAUAGCAGUGAUAAUGAUUCCGGUUACUCCGAUCUCGCUCUUCUUGCUGAUACGAUUUCGCUGUACAAGAACUCAGUGGAUCGGUAUGAAAGUGAUCUAACAAUGGUGGUUCAUUCCCUUAUUCUUUCAAUGACCGAAUCUUUUCAUAUUGGCAAGCCCGAAACAUGCAAUGCAAGCUGCAUCAGAUCUUAUCUAGUGAAGCUCCUCCAGUCUUGUGGUUUUAAUGCAGAUAUGUGUGCAACCAAGUGGCAGGGUUGUGGAAAAAUUCCUGGAGGUGAACACGAGUACAUUGAGGUGAUCUCCCAUGGAAAUGAUGGAUGCUCCGAAAGGUAUAUCAUUGAUCUUGACUUUCGGAGCCACUUUGAAAUUGCAAGAGCUGUCAAAUCCUACAAUGUGGUCUUGAGUUGUCUUCCACCAGUUUAUGUUGGCACAGUAACAAAACUUAAGCUGUAUCUUCAGGCUAUGGUAGAAGCAGCUAAAUGUUCACUCAAACAGAAUUCAAUGCCUCUUCCUCCAUGGCGAUCCCUUGCCUAUCUAGAAGCCAAGUGGGAGUCCAGUCACAGAGUAGCCAAUGUUCAGGUUCAGAGUAGCGUCAGCUCCUCUAAUUCCUCUCAUCGGAAUUGUACUGAGCUGUUGUGGAGGAUAAAAUCCUGUAUUGGAUCUGAAAUCAAAGCUAAAGGAUUCUUGGUACUUAAGAACUGUAGAAAGAGGCAGGGGCUAAAGAUUGAAUCGAGUCAUUCUUCCCCAGUGACUCCAUGAUCUUGCAUUGGAAAAACACAAUUUUGUUCGACAUCAACUUUUUGAAGGUUUUUGUUUCUCUCUUCAUUUCUACUUCCAUUUUCGACAUUCAACAAAUUACAGAAAGCUUCAACAUGAGGUAAAAUUACUGCGGAUUUAGUUUAUUCUUUUUGUAUCAUAAUAACACUGACUCGGGAGGAUCUUAUUCAUGUGCUACCGCGAUCAAGGUUUUGCAGUCUACAAUUAGAGUUGCAUCUGGUUUUUGUUUUAGCAACUUGCUAGUUGCUACCAUAAUACAGAAUAUAUCAAAUUUUGACUGGGUUUCCCAAUUUUGUACCUUCUUGGUCUAAAGAUCAGAUUCUAUUCGAUUUAUAUUUUGUUUUUUUGAUUCAAUUUUGACAUGCGGAUAAUUGAAUAUUUCACGGGAUUUGUGGAAAAAGAAGAAGACUUUUAGUAGGUACUCAGAUGUGUAAGUGAUGUAUUUUUUAUAUUUUGGUCUGUUUAUUAGUCUUGUGCAACCUUUUGAUGUGUUA